AGGUUAUGGCUCUUAAAUUUAUGGGAUACUUCGUGAUCUAAUUCGAGCAAAUUUAAAGUGCAAAGAUGGCCGAGAUGGCGCAGGCAAAUAUGUUGGGACAGGCACGGAAAGGUGGUAAGAUGGAACAGGCCGAGAUCGAUGCCCUGGCCGCGGAUCUGGCUGCGGCCAUAUCCAGCUCAUAUAUGACGGAAAGGAGUGGGGAAAUUGUUUCUGGGAAGCCAAUUCUAGAGUCCUCGUCCGAAGAUAAGCAGCUGCCCUUAAGUAGGAAAGAUAUUAUUCCCAACCUCAGUUUUAAAACAGAUAUCAAGAGUUCCGAAAAAUCCGAGACCGUGGAACCGGAACCCCUGAACUCCGCUUUUAGCAUGAUGCCCACGGCAAGUGCAAGUGGAGAAAUCCUUAACUGCCGACAACCCGCCAAAGUGCCAAUGGAUGCCAAGCUACUCCGCCUUCUAAUUGACCCCGCGUGCGGCUCCUUUAGGGUUUAUGUGGGCAGUUACAAGUUUCGCUGUCACCUGCAGGUCCUGCAGGCGCACUCCAGGUUCUUCCAGGACCUGCCCGACGCAUCCGUCACCCUCACUGCCCACUUGCCCAGCGACAUGGUGGCUCCGACUGCCUUCCACGUCAUCUACAACUGGAUGCUGGACCUCGAGAAGAGCCCGAAGGCGGACUGCUCCCUGGUGGAGCUGUACAGUGCAGCCUUCUACAUGAAGAUCGAUGAGCUGGUGGAGUACGCCUUCGCUUGCUUCAACGAGAGCAGCGUCUGCGGAAGCCUGGCCUUCGAGCUGUUCCGCGAGGCGCAGAGGUUUGCGAUCCACACAUUCCAACAGUUGAUGCUGUCCCGCAUCGAGCUCUUCUUCCUGCCCCUGGUGGCCUCCAAGGACUUUGUGGAGCUGGACAUCCACUGGGUGCAGGAUCUGCUGAGCGUCCAGAGCGUGGGCGUGAACAGUGAAAUUGAGAUCUUCAUGAGCGCAGUUCGCUGGCUGAGUCAUGACUGGAGCGGACGGAAGGUGCACAUGGAGAGGAUUAUGGGAUGUGUCCGCUUCCGCCUGCUGCCUCCGCUCUUCCUGCGGUUCCUGCAGGGGGAGCAACAGACCCUGGUCAUGAACAGCAUUUGCCAGAGCCCCAAAGUCAGGGAGAGAGUCAGCAAGGCCUUCGUGUACACCUCCUCCGAACUCUGCGAUCUGACAAAAGGCAUCUUCGGCCUGAUCAAGGAUCGCAGCCCCCCGGUGCAGCGGAAGUGGAUAUUCGACAGUCGCUGCUCCUACCACCGCAAACCAGGCGGAAACCAGGGUCAGUUCUUCACCUAUCAGCAAUUUCUCAACUACCUGGAGUCGCUCCACCAAUCGCUGCCCCAGCAUGGCUCCUAGGUCAUAGGGGUCUUAGCCAAAUUCAAUUCCACUCCAAGCCAAGCCGAAAACGCAAUGUGAAAGCCAGAAGGAAGUGUGCCGCAAUGCCUCGCCAGUCGCCAGUCGCCUCGCAAUGAGGCAGCUCCAAAGAGUCCCCACGAGUCGCCUUCACUGGACCGCCGUGUGCCAUGCGAUUAUAAUGCCUCGUUUUGGUUUUGGCAAACAGAGUCAGCAGAGUCAACAGAGAUUUGGCAACCAGAAAGACAACAGCCAGCUUAGCGGGUUUGCUUAACAAUGGCAAAAAGCGCUGGCGGAUUAAGUGGAGUGCCUUUGUAACUAAUUAGGUAAUGGGUGGUCGUUUGGCGGGGAACCAAUUCAUCAGGCAUUCGUAUCUAUUUUAUAAAUAAAUUUAUAAGCUGCUUGUUA